CAUCUCCGCAGUGGCUAAAAUACCAUUGAAAGUGCAUUUAAAAAAGAUCUAUCUCCCUUCAUUCGUUUGCAAUUGAAAGAACUGUGAAGAUAGCCCUUACCAAUAUCUUACAAUCAAGAAACACACAUGCUCAUUGGACCCUGGGAACAUAGGGAUGACCCCCAAUCUAGGAAGGCACGGAAGCUAGGGUGGCUAGGACUAGGACAGGAACUUUAGCUAAUAUAUUUGCUUCUGGUUUUGUAUUGGGGAAAAAAUCCAAAUUAAAAUUGUUUGCUUUCUUCCAAUUAAUUAGCAAAUAACAUGUCAUUAUGUUCAUUUUUAGCUGCUAGUUUCUGGUUUAUAUGGAGACAGUUGGGAAUCAUGGUGGUGCUCUUCUGCUAGCUAAGCAACUGUAGACUGAUGUUUAGGAAAGAGAAUUAGAAACAAGCUAAAAUUAUAGAGCAUCAUGCUCUGCUACUAAGAGGGGGGAAAAUGUAGUAACUACUCAUAGUUAUGAGUUAGCUAAUUAGCCUAGCUGACACUUCACAUUUAUACUAGCCAUACAGGCAUUCAGCUAGCAUGGUUAGCGAGCAAGCUGACCUUCCAACAUAAUAAAUCUAAUGGUAUAAGUGGUAAAAGAUGUCACUAUCAUGGAUUUAAUAAUACUUUAUACCUGAGUUCCUCUUUUUCCAGUUAACUAACUGGUGCUCCAAUAAACGUCUUCAGUAGCUCCACCAUCGAGAAAUGUUUGCAGAAAGAAGCAAGUUUGUAUAGGUAGUAUACAGUGUGUGUGUGUGUUUCUGUGUGUGUAUAUGUCGACCAGUGAGGUUGGCGGUAAGCUAGACUACUCGCCGGUAUCCUGGCGGGAGUAUUACGAUCAGAUGGAGGAUGUGAGCGUGGGGCUGGCCGACAGUAGGGACAUCUUCAGGAUUUAUAAAGCAGGAAGUGAUGGACCACUGCUGGUUCUGCUGCAUGGAGGAGGACACUCUGCCCUGUCCUGGGCCGUCUUCACUACAGCCAUCACCAGCAGAGUGACCUGCAGAGUACUUGCCAUGGACCUCAGGGGUCAUGGUGCCACCCUGGUUCGCCAAUCAGACGACUUCUCAACUCAAACUAUGUCCAGCGACGUAGCCAAUGUGAUUGGAGUCUGCUACGGUGAGACUCCUCCCCCCAUUGUCCUGAUUGGCCAUGGCGUUGGCGGAGCAAUCGCAGUGCAUACAGCCAGCAACAUGCUGGUACCAACCACUGUGGGCCUGGUGGCUAUAGACGUUGUGGAAGGUAGUGCAAUGGAGGCACUCCAUAGCAUACAGAACUUCCUGAAGGGUAGACCCAAGUCCUUCAAGUCCAUGGACCACGCAAUAGAGUGGAGCGUCAAGAGCGGGCAAAUCCGGAACCUGGAAUCUGCCAGAGUCUCAAUGGUUGGUCAGAUCAAAAGAUGUGAGGUUGAAGACGCUGACACUCAGGAGCAGGCCAGCCCAGUGACUGACGUGGUCGUUGAGCGUAACGAAGAAUUCUACGAUCAGAGCUACGUCAAUGACAAAGAAAAUGCCACCUCAGAGGUGAGCCUCAGCGAAGGCCAGAGUGUGUACAAGUGGCGUAUAGACCUGUCAAAGUCAGAAAAGUAUUGGGACGGCUGGUUUAGAGGAACCUCCAACCUCUUUCUUGCUUGCAACCUGCCCAAACUCCUGCUAUUGGCUGGAAUAGACCGUCUGGACAGAGAUCUGACUAUCGGCCAGAUGCAAGGUAAAUUCAUGAUGCAGGUGCUGCCCCCUUGUGGCCACGCGGUGCAGGAAGACAAACCAGACAAAGUUGCUGAAGCUGUGGCUGCUUUCCUGUUGAGGCACAAGUUUGCUGAACCCAGAAGAGAAACCAGGAGCGCCAACUCUUUCACACGAUGAGGUCUGCAGACCAGCAAUAAAAGCAGCUCCAGGUUUAGAGACGACUGCUUCCACAUUUACCUGAAGACCCGUAAAGGCCUCCAUUUUUAUUUUGCGCCUUCAUCAGAAGCUGCUGAUGUCUCGUGUUGCUAAACUUGAAAGUUUCUCAAGUAAAUCUAACAGUAGCCAUGAAGCAUUUGUGACUGCUGUUGUGUGGUUUCUGUUCUGCUCACAUCAUCACAACAGUCAAACAACAAGACAAACAUCCCAAAGUACAUUUGCUAUGACUUCCUCUCUCCCAGCAUACAUAAAUCUGAUACAUGACUAAACUAAUAAACUACAUACACUAUGU